UUUGUUCAUUUAUUAUCUUUCGUAGGAUUCAUCGCUUUGGCUGCUGCCAAUUUCGUUACACAAGUCGGUCCACCAGGCCCGCCAGGUCCGCCGGGCUUACCCGGUCCCCAAGGACCAAAAGGUGAAAAGGGUGAGCGUGGUUCAGAAGGACGUUCUGGUUUGGUCGGUCCGCCAGGAUCACCUGGUCGACGUGGUCACACAGGCAGCCCGGGUCCAGUAGGUCCACCAGGUGCACCAGGUUUACGUGGCCCGCGCGGUUAUGUUGGUGAGCGUGGUCCUGAGGGCCCAACCGGACCGACAGGACCCACAGGUCCAACUGGAACAUAAAUAAUUAAAUUAUUUUUGGUAUCUUAUUGGACUUAGAAGUAACAUGGUGCUUAUAAAAUAAACUGUAUGAAAAUAAAUGAAAAUAUCUUCGGAAAUGAUAGUUUUUUCGAUUGCUAUUCCGAAAUUUUAUUGCAGUAAUGGAACUUAAAAAUUAUAUUUAGGUUUGGUCAUUUUACGCUUGGAAAUUUUAAAUCGUCUUGUCAAGCGAAGUUUUC